AUGAAAGAGAUUCAACUUUAUGGAACUAUAAAAGACCCAAUGGGUAUUGAGGCUACAGUAGCAAAUACUGAGUAUAUAAUAAAGGAGCAAGAAAAAAUUAAUGAAAAAAGUAAUUCUUAUCAAAUAAAAGCACGUGAAAUAGCUACUGAAACAAUAAAGGAAUAUAACGAAAAUAAAAUUGAAAAGGAAGUUUUAAAGGCAAUCCGCGAAGCUUGGGAUAUUGAAAAAGCACAGAAGAAAAAUGAGGGGAAGAGUAGUGUUGAUAACAAACAGUUUGAAAUUGAGGAAGAUGAUUUAGAUAUUUUGGGGGAGUUUUGA